AAUGUGUGAAUGCAUCAUGGAACCAUGUCAUUUAUUAUUAUCCUUUUAAUAGAUAUAUAUCACAAUGAGUCCAAGUCAUUUUAAUAUGUGUAUAUUGAAAGAAACAAUGUACCACCCAGAACAACUAAAAGGUAUAGUAGUCCCCAUUUUGAGUAGAUCUUUAAAAAUUGAUACCUAUUAUGCUUUAUAUGGGCUAUUUAGAGCUUCCAGCAAUACAAAUAAUGAUGCAGAGGCUUUUUAAUAUUUUAAAGCUUAGGCAAUUUACUGGGCAGAUUCUGAACCCUUUUUUUCACUAACACAAACCUAGCACAGUGUCUGGAUGCAUGGCCAGCUCUACUUCUUUGUUCAUGGUCAUGUCCAUCUGUUAACCUCACUGUCAUGCUGGUGAAUGGUGUGUCAUUUGCUUUCUUCUUCCUAGCAAUCCUCUCUCACUCAAAAGUUCUGUCCUCCAUUUUGUGCCCUGCUAUCACUUGUUAGCUCUUUAUUAUGUACAAUAGAUAAGUAAGGAAGGAAAAAUGUUUACAACAUAGACGACAUGUGAUCAGGCAUAGAACUAACAAUACUAUGAUUUCAUCAGUACUUAGCUGAUUGCUUGCUCAGCAAAACAACCAGUAGAGGAGAAAACCGUGAAUAUAAAAAUAAUGAUGAAAACUCAAAAUGUAAUUCUUCUUUAAUUCAAACUGCAAAAUUAAGUCAUGUGGCAAAAACAUCCAUUAGUUUAAUGAAUGUGGAAAAGCUGUCAUAUGUGCCAAUUAUCUUUGCAGGUAUGAAAACAAUCAUUGUGCAGAAAAACUCCCUGAAGAUACUCAAUAUGAAGUCUUUGCACAUCACAGUAGGCCCCACACAUGUAAAAGUAUGCAUACUGGUGUGGAUCACUAUGAAUGUAGCCAAUAUGUUAAUGCCUUUGCACAUAAAAGUCAUAUCCUAAGACAUAAAAGGAUACAUAUAGGAGAGAAACCUCAUGAAUGUAACCGAUGUGGUAAAGCCUAUGCAUCUAACAGUGGUCUCCUAAGACCAGGAACUCACACUGGAGAAAAACCUUAUGAAUGUAAUCAAUGUGGUAAAGCCUUUGUACGUAACAGUCAUCUCCUAAUACAUAAAAGAACUCACACUGGAGAGAAACCUUAUGAAUGUAACCAAUGUGGUGAAGCCUUUGCAUGUAACAGUAAACUUUUAGUACAUAAACGAACUCACACUGGAGAGAAACCUUAUGAAUGUAACCAAUGUGAUAAAGCCUUUGCAUCUAACAGUAAUCUCCUAGUACAUAAAAGAACUCACACUGGAGAGAAACCUUAUGAAUGUAACCAAUGUGGCAAAGCCUUUGCACGUAACAGUCAUCUCCUAAGACAUAAAAGAACUCACACUGGAGAGAAACCUUAUGAAUGUAACCAAUGUGGUAAAGCCUUUGCACAUAACAGUAAUCUAGUACAUAAAAGAACUCACACUGGAGGGAAACCUUAUGAAUGUAACUAAUGUGGUAAAGCCUUUGUAGAUAAUAGUGUUCUCCUAAGACAUAAAAAUCUUUGUUGCACAGAAUUCUUAUGAAUAUAACUAAUGUUGUGAAGUCUUUUCAUGUAAGAAUUAUCUUGAACAAGAACAUUCAUUGUAGUGAAACCCUAUGAAUAUAACCAAUGUGUCAAAAACUUUGCAUGCCAUAAUAAUUUUCAUGUAUGUAGAAGCACAAUGGAUAGAAACUUUAUCAAAACAACCAAUGUGAUAAAGCAUUUUGACAUAAUAGUAAUCUCCUAUGACAUAAAGAAAGCAUACUAGAGAGAAACCCUAUGAAUGUUACUAAGGUGGUAAAGCCAUUGCAUGUAACAGUAGUCUCCUAAUACAAAAAAAGACCUCACACUGGAGAGAACUCAUGGAUGUAAUCAAUGUGUUAAAGCCUUUGUAUGUAACAGUCAUCUCCUAAUAUACAAAAGACCUCACCCUUGAGAGAAACCUUAAUAAUGUAAUCUAUGUGGCGAAGCCUUUUCACAUAAUAGUCAUCUCCUAAUAAAAAUUUGCUCU